AUGCUGGAAACCUAUCGUCAAGAAAUGAUGCCGCUGUUUCCCUUCGUGUGGAUAGGUUUGGAUGAAACUCCCGAGAAGUUGUUCCAAGAACGACCGAUGCUGUACAUGGCCAUCAUGGUGGUUACAUGUCAGGAGAAUAUUGAGAUCCAGCAGGAACUUGCGCAGAAGUAUCGAGAAGAGAUCGGGCGGAGAAUAUGGACGCUUACGGAGAAGAAUCUUCAGCUUCUUCAAGGGAUUUUAGUUUUCCUCGCUUGGUACCAAACUCAUUGGGUGCUUGGUCUCCAACUCAGCAAUCUCAUGUACAUGGCCAUGUCACUAGUCACAGAGCUUGGCCUCGACAAAGAGCCUUCGUCAGGCACCAGGACUGCACCGGGCGUUUUGACUGAAAUCACCAAGAAGCAAGAACCUCAGCCCGUGAGAACAAGUGAUGAGAGGAGAUGCCACUUGGGAGCCUUUUGGUUGAAUUCCUUACUAAGGAUUUGUGUCAAAGACAUUGUACCGAUGCCCUCACGACCGUCUAUCAAUAACAGCUGCUCGAUUCUUGAAACAGGAUUGGAAUCUCCCUGGGACACAUAUCUUGCUCAACUAGUGAGGAUACAACUCGUCGCUAGUUCGAUCAGUGCAACGCUGUACCAGGAUUUGGAAAGAAACGAGGCACAGAUCUCGCAUACGCUUUUCAUGGCAACGUCACAUGUGGAGAGACAGGUACAAGAUCUCGGAGCGACUCUGCAUCAAGAACCCCGUCUUCAAGCACCAUUGACCAUGUCAUUCCACCUGCUUCAAGUUUACCUCUACAAGAUCGGCAUCGACGAACGCCUCCACGAACCAAAAGACCCAACCCUCCUCCCCACCUCAGACCCCUCCCCCCACGCCCUCCGGUGCUCUUAUCUUCUCGUAUCAUGUCUCAACGCCGUCAAAGCCGUAAUCGAAAACUUCCUCCUCCUAACAUCCCCCACCAUCCUCUCCAUGCCGUACACCUACUGGAUCCAGAUGGGACACUGCAUAAACAUGUUUUCCCGACUGUUGGUUACACAUUCCAACCUCUGGGAUCCGAACCUCGUCACGGGCAUACACGAUUUUACAUCGACCUUGGAACGGUUGUCGGUUAAGAUUGAGGGUGCUAUGAGUGAGGGGGCGGGCCUUUACGGCAGCCUUUUGGCACAUGCGUAUCCCAUUGAUCUCCCUACCAAGUUCUCGAGACUUGUCGUCUUUGGUGAUAGUUUCAGCGAUAACGGGAAUGGGUCUUGGGUCGUGAGCAAUGGGACUUGGCCUGUUGAUCCAGCAUACUAUCACCAUUCUUUCUCGAAUGGACCUAAAUGGAAUGAUGUAGUGGCUAAGCAGCUGGGUCUUGAGCUCAUCAACCUCGCGACUGGUGGAGCCACGACGAACAACGAUUUCGUCGCUGGAGGUACAGGUGCUGAGUCUACAAUUCCUGUGCCUUCAGCUGCAGAUCAAGUUCUGUCGUUUCUAUCGUGGGAUAAACCCCAGGCAGGUGAUAUCUUUGUUCACUGGCUUGGUGCCAAUGACAUUCUUUUCAACACAAGUAUUACUGGAAGCCAGGUCACGAGCUUGAUCAACGAGAACGUUAACAGACUAUUUCAAGCCGGUGCAAAAACUAUCAUACUAGCAAAUUAUCUCAACGCAACGACCUUUCCAGCAACGUACAACUCUUCAGCCUACAACGUCCCCAGCGUGCAAGACUACGUCCCCGCGUUGACAAAGGGCCUCGAGCAAAUCGCUGCAGGAUACUCAGCAUACGCCAAGACAGCGGUGAUUAAUGUGCAGGAACUUUUCAACGACAUGUUUUCGGACCCCGAGGCGUACGGGUUCGAUGAGGACUAUGUUAAUCCUCCGACUGCAUGUCUCACAGGCGUUUAUACGAGCGAGGGUGUUCCACGACAUUUGUGCAGUGAUCCCGAGAAGCAUAUCUUCUUCGAUUCAUAUCACCCCGUUAAAGAGGUACAUGCUUUAGUAGCAAAGUUGUUUGUGGAGAGUAUCGAAGGGUUCUCGGCUUGA